AUGGCUGACUUCGAUCCAUCAAAGCCGAUUGACGACCCACAAGUCUGGUUCCCUAAAGGCAUGUUCGUCGACAAUAAUGCGCAGCAAUUGACCACCAAGGUCCAUGCUCUUGAUGAUGAUGGCAAGACGUUCAUUCUGAAUCAUGACAAGAUGGUCGCAUUCAGUAGAUUUCUUUGGACGGGCAAAUUGCUCCCAACUAGCCGUGACGCCUAUGUCAAAACUUUGGGACUUAACACCACGGAGGAAAUAACCGAUCAAGUCUGGGAUGAGAUAGAUAAUCUACUCAAAACUUAUACUGAGAUAUCUAAGGAUUGUACAGAGUUUAAAGAAGCGACUUGGGACAAACUUGUUGAUCUCUCAGGACAGAUCAAAACAUACGCUACCAUGGCUGGCGGAACAUCGAGUAGCUCGUAUUACCAAGGCAUGUUAGAAUGGGUUGGACAGUACAAUAACGAAAGAAAGAAGCCUGAUCCCGACCAGAAAGCGCUUGACAAUCUAGCCAAUGCUAUCAAAGGAACGAUUGAAGAGGAGCAGAAAAAGAUACAGGAUAUACAGGAUCAUAUCAAAGAGGCCCUGGCUGCCCUGAGUACGUUCCACGAUAACUGCAAGGGCUAUGAGAGUACACUUGGGGACGAUGGGAAAACCCUACAAGCACUUCUGGAAAAAGAGGGCAACGAUGUUGAGCAUUUAACAAGCGAAAUCAACAAAGAGUUGAAAAAAAUUGAGGAUCUACGAACGCACAUUGACAAAGAUUUCCAAAAGAUGGCAAAGUCUCUCCUCUACAUUUCAGUGUCGUUUGUUGGGAUUAUUGUUUCAGAGGCGGUUUCAUGGAUGGCCGAGGCUGACAUCGACCGACUGAGGGCGGCCAUGAAAGGAAUUCAGGCACUGUUAGAUGCAAACAAGGAAAAGUUACAAACGGCUUACCGUUUGCAAGGAGAUAUAUCAUCUAUGGGGACUCAGUUAACAGGCCUUGUCAACGUUAUGAAGCCUGCUAUUGCCACUCUCGAAGCGCUUCAGGGUGCUUGGGCCAAGAUGAAUACCGACCUUCAGACCCUCUACGAUUUGUUUGAUGAUGAUAAACAGUCUAUUCCGCCCAUGCUACUGGAGAAGCGGCAGUUAGAAGCCAUCGUUGUUGCUUGGAACAAUUUAAAGGUUUACGCUAGUGAUUAUAUUGAACAUGCUUUUAUGACGGAUGACCCAGAACAAGUCAGCAUCCAGGAGUACGUAAAACAACUGGACAGUGCAAUCAAUUAA